UCUAGUAUCAGAACCACUGGACACUGAAAAUUUAAUAGCCAUAAUAAAAAAAAUCAAAUUAACCAUUCAUCCCAUGGGGAACAUUGAGAUCCAAGGACAUUUUAACAGAGGUCACCGACACUUCUGUCAGCAUUGUGGACACAUUUCUGCUGUUGUCUACUGUGUAGGAGGUUAGUCUUUACAUCAUCAUGCUUUAAUUGGGCUGUGGUGGUUAAUUAAAGUUUUUAGCCAACAGGAGAAAUCCAGCUGUCAUACGGUAUAAAAGAGACAAAGCGCGUGAGGAUACAACAAGACAUAUAGACAUAUAUUUCCUCAGUGUUGGCUGCUCUGUUGAGGGUUAUCAUGACUGGAUCUGCUCUGGUUUCAUUUCUCCUGGCCCUGGCCUGUGUACUUCUGCCGCUGUGUGCUGCUCAAGGCAGCUGUGUGGGCAGAUGUGGCGAGCCGUUCACCCGUGGACAGGUCUGUAACUGUGAUUACAACUGUUUUGUCCACGGCGAGUGCUGCAAGGAUUUUGAGAAUGUCUGCACUGUUGGUGACUCCUGCAGGGGUCGCUGUGGUGAGACAUUCCAGCGCGGUAGACAGUGCGAGUGCGAUUCAAACUGUGUCCUCCACAACUCCUGCUGCCCCGACUACAACGAGCAGUGCGAUGCUUUCUCCCAGAUGCAAGCUGCAAGAAGCUCAACACCAAACAAACCAACAGAUUAUACUGAGCAGUGUAUGGCAGCGUGUCUCGCAGCACAGCAAAACCCAGAUCUCGUGAGAGAUGGGAGACUGAUUAACUUUAUGGCUCCAUCUGAUGCUGCAUCACUUCCUGCUGGUGUCCCUCUGCCCCAGGACAUCUUCGCUCCUCUGACGCCCACUGACAUACCCGGUUUGGGUUCCAACCCUUCCGGUUUUCCUCUGCCAGAAUCCGGCCCUGCUCCCGCAGCUGGACCACUACAGGCGGCAGGUCCAUCCUCUGGCAAUCCUCUAACCAUCCCUGUGCAGGUUUCCCUCUCCAUCAGUGGACAAGGUGACAGGCCGUCCAGCGAACCUGCCGCUGCUGGAAGUAGACCCAGCACUCUUGCAGACAUCGCCCAGGCCCUGGCAGCCAGCAGCCCUGCAGCACCAGAUGCCAACUCAAACCCUGAUAUCUGCAGUGGCCUUGCCUUUGAUGGAAUGGCAGCUCUUUCCAACAACUCCAUCAUAGUUUUCAGAGGUCACUUCUUUUGGCUGCUGAACCCCAAGACUAGAAGAGCCGGUCCUGCUCGUAGAAUCACUGAAGAACUGGGCAUCCCGUCUCCCAUCGAUACGGCCUUCACUCGCUGCAACUGCCAGGGAAAGACUUACAUCAUUAAGGGUGACAACUACUGGGUUUUGGAGAACGGUGCUGUGGCACCUGGAUAUCCCAGAUCUGUGUCCCAGGACUUCGGUGGGCUCACCGGUGAGAUCACUGCUGCUCUGCCAAUCCCAGCCACCAGAAAGAAACCAGAGUCUGUGUUUUUCUUCAAGAAAGGAGGCACAGUUCAGAAAGUAACUUUUCCCUCUGGAAAUGCCCCAACUUGCAAUGGAAAGAAAUCCAAAAAUUCAGACAAAGCUUCAAAGAAUGGCAAACAAGCAGAGAUCCAGUUGUCAGGAGAGAUAAACAUCAGCCUCAAAAUGAAGGGCUUCCCCACCCCUGUGACAUCAGCCCUGUCCAUGCCCAACCCCAGGAAGUCAGAUGGUUUCGAUUACUUUGUUCUCUCAUGGCCUAAAGUCCUGAACAUCAAGAUCAGCAGUGACCUGCCUGCUCUGACGGCCCCUGUCAGCCAUUCCUCCCAGCAGAAUGACAUCAGCAAGUGGCUCAACUGCGCCUGAAAGACCAGCAUGAAACAAACACCACAAGCAGCUGCAUGGCG